AUGGUCAGUAAUGCUGAAUCAAUUAGUCCUGAAUCAUUUCCAUAUAUAGCUGAGCUACAUAUUGUUUGGCCAGAUCGAAAAAUCGUAUGUACGGCUAGUCUUUUGUCUCGUUCAAUACUAAUUACUGCUGCACAUUGCAUAGUUGACGAAAAAACGAGGGAACAACUAGGUAAGGUGAAGAAAGUAAUAUUUCGGCGUGAUCAUGGCCGAUCAUAUGUAACUUGGGUUAGUGAUGAAAUUCAUGGUAUACUAAAGAUAUCCGAACUAAAUGAAAAAGAGGGUAUUUUGGAUUAUGCAUUGCUUCAGUUAGAGAAACCAUUACCAGUAUGUCGGGUCAGGAAUGGUAGAAUAUUUUCAAUUAUUAAAUUACCAGUGAAAGAUAUACGAGCUUGUGAAUGGAGCGUUUUGCAACCAUUAAAAGAAUUACUCAAUCAAUGCUCAUUAUUUGGUUAUGGAGCUUCAGAAAAAAGUGGACCGGAUGGUAAGCUACGAAAAUUAACAAAUAUUUCAGUUUGGGAAAUCAAUGGACGACUUUUAAUACCAAUGAAAGAUAAUGCAGAAUAUAUACGUCAAGGUCGUAUAUGUGGUGGUGACUCCGGUGGACCUUUUGUUUGUGCGAGUAAUUUCGGUGAACGAAUUUAUGGCGUUCUCUCACAUUCUGAACCAAUAUUGCAAUUAUAUCCCUCGUCGUGCCAUGGCGAGGAAAAUGCAUUUUUAUAUGAUGUAAUGGCUGAUGUUCGCAAAAUGCUACCUUAUAUCCAGGAAUCAUUCUCUAAAAUGAACAAAAUAAAUGAACUGGUUGAGGAUUACGAAAGAUGUGACUUAUAA